AUGCUCUACACAAUGAGAUGUUGGCUCCUGGUCCUGGUCCUUCACCUCGUCAUUGCCCCCCCUGCCCGCGGCGAGUGUGCCCCGCAGAUCAAGUCGGUGGUGUGUCACCGCAAGCGGCUCACCUCCAUCCCCGAGGGCAUCCCCACCGAGACCAAGAUCCUGGAGCUCAAUAAGAACCGCAUCCGCUGCCUGAACCCGGGGGACCUCUCCCCAUACCCGCUGCUGGAGGAGCUAGACUUUAGCGAGAACAUCAUCUCCAAUGUGGAGCCAGGCGCCUUCAGCAACCUGUUCAACCUGCAGACCCUGCGGCUCCGGGGGAACCAGCUCAAGCUCAUCCCCCCGGGGGUCUUCACCAAACUGACCAACCUCACCCUCCUGGACAUCAGUGAGAACAAACUCGUCAUCCUGCUGGACUACAUGUUCCAGGACCUGCGAAACCUGAAGAGCCUGGAGGUGGGUGAUAAUGACUUGGUGUACAUCUCCCAGCGGGCCUUCUCGGGGCUCCUUGGUCUGGAACAAUUGACCAUCGAGAAGUGCAACCUGACCUCCAUCUCAGCCGAGUCACUUUCCUACCUCCAGAACCUGGAGGUGCUGCGGCUCCGGCACCUCAGCAUCUCUGCGCUGGAGGACCAAAACUUCAAGAAGCUCUACAACCUCCUGCAGCUGGAGAUCGACAACUGGCCGCUGCUGGAAGACAUCUCCCCCACCAGCUUUCAGGGCCUGAACCUCACCUCUCUCUCCAUCACCUACACCAACAUCACAGCCGUGCCCGCCACUGCCUUGAGGAGCCUGGUGUACCUCCGGUACCUGAACCUAUCCUACAACCCCAUUAGCACUGUGCUGAAGGGCUCCUUUAAAGACCUCAUCCGGCUCCAGGAGCUCCACAUUGUGGGUGCUCUCCUGGUGUCUGUGGAACCACAGGCUUUCUCCGGCUUGAGACAAAUCCGGCUGCUCAACCUCUCCAGCAACUUUCUCUCCACACUGGAGGAGAGCACCUUCCACUCCGUCAACACGCUGGAGACGCUGCGGGUGGACAGGAACCCGCUGGCCUGCGACUGCCGCCUCCUCUGGAUCCUGCAGCGGCGGAAGACGCUCAACUUCGACGGGCAGCAGCCCAUGUGCUCGUCACCACCCGAAAUUCAGGGCAAUGCCCUGCGUGACUUCCCGGACUCCGUGCUCUUUGAGUACUUCACCUGCCAGAAGCCCAAGAUAAAGGAUCGGAAGCUGCAGCACGUGACAGCCCGGGAAGGACAGUCCGUGUCCUUCCUCUGCCGGGCGGAUGGGGAGCCAGACCCCUCCAUUGCCUGGGUGUCCCCCCAGCACCGCAUGAUCACCACCCGCAGCACAGGGCGGGUGACCGUGCUGCCUGGGGGCACUCUGGAGAUCCGCUUUGCCCAGAUGCAGGACAGUGGCACCUACAUCUGCAUCGCCAGCAACGCCGGUGGCAAUGACACCUACUUCGCCACCCUGACGGUCAAGGGGCGCCUGAACGACGGCUCCCACUACGCCAACCGGACUUUGUACCUCAGCGAGUUCAACGACACCUCUCACAAUGACACGCAAGUCUUCUUGAAGUUUACGUUGGACCUCAAGACCAUCCUGGUCUCCACGGCCAUGGGCUGCAUCACCUUCCUUGGCGUGGUGCUCUUCUGCUUCCUCCUCCUCUUUGUCUGGAGCCGGGGCCGAGGGCAGCACAAGAACAACUUCUCAGUGGAGUACUCCUUUCGCAAGGUGGAUGGUCCCACCACCACCACCGGCCAAGGAGGAGCCAGGAAGUUCAACAUGAAGAUGAUCUGA